GGCUGUCGGGGACUAGGAAGCCCCGCCCCUGGCUGGCCGCGAGCUCUUAGUCAAAUCCCGGCCUCUGGCCCCUCACCCCUAACCCGAGACCGGGCUGCCAACCGAUUCACCUCGCGACCUGCGGACCGCAACCUCGACCUGAGAAAGAAAGAGCGACAUGGCGGCGGCCAAGCCCGAGAACCUCUCCCUGGUGGUGCACGGACCUGGAGACCUGCGCCUGGAGAACUAUCCUAUCCCUGAACCAGGCCCAAAUGAGGUGUUGCUGAAGAUGCAUUCAGUUGGAAUCUGCGGCUCAGAUGUCCACUACUGGCAGCAUGGUCGAAUUGGAAAUUUUGUUGUGAAAAAGCCAAUGGUGCUGGGGCAUGAAGCUUCAGGAACAGUUGUAAAAGUAGGAUCAUUGGUGAAGCACCUAAAACCAGGUGACCGUGUUGCCAUUGAGCCUGGUGCUCCCCGAGAAGCUGAUGAAUUCUGCAAGAUUGGCCGAUAUAAUCUGUCACCAACCAUCUUCUUCUGUGCCACACCCCCUGAUGAUGGGAACCUCUGCCGGUUCUACAAACACAAUUCUAACUUCUGCUACAAGCUUCCUGACAAUGUCACCUUUGAGGAAGGGGCCCUGAUUGAGCCACUGUCUGUGGGAAUCCAUGCCUGCCGGCGAGCUGGAGUCACUUUGGGAAACAAGGUCUUUGUGUGUGGAGCUGGGCCAAUUGGAUUGGUCAGUUUGCUUGUGGCCAAGGCAAUGGGAGCAGCUCAAGUUGUGGUGUCUGAUCUGUCUGCGGCUCGGUUGUCUAAAGCCAAGGAAGUUGGGGCAGAUUUCAUCCUCCAGAUCUCCAACGAGAGCCCUCAGGAAAUCGCCAAUCAAGUGGAAGGCCUGCUGGGGUGCAAGCCAGAAGUCACCAUCGAGUGCACAGGGGUGGAGGCCUCCAUCCAGGCUGGCAUCUAUGCCACUCAUUCUGGUGGGACCCUGGUACUUGUGGGGCUGGGCUCUGAGAUGACCAGUGUGCCCCUAGUGCACGCAGCCACCAGGGAAGUGGAUAUCAAGGGCGUGUUUCGAUACUGCAAUACGUGGCCGAUGGCAAUUUCAAUGCUUGCAUCCAAGUCCGUGAACGUUAAGCCCUUGGUCACCCAUCGGUUUCCCCUGGAGAAAGCUCUGGAGGCCUUUGAAACAUCCAAAAAGGGAUUGGGGUUGAAAGUCAUGAUCAAGUGUGAUCCCAAUGACCAGAAUCCAUAAUGUGAAUUGUGUUCUGUCCUUGUCCCCACUUUCAGCAUCUUGGGGCUGAAUGGUUGGCUGAGCAGUGGUGGAUUUUGACACAGAAGUUUCUUUUGAGUAGAAAGAGCAAUUAAAAUAAUUAUCAACAGAGAGCCUUCCA